UCUCCGACGAUUCUUCAAUCAAUUACUGGUCCUGGAGAAAAAAUGAUGAAAAAUAACAGUCCUAGCGAUGAAAAAUGGAUGUUAGAGAGUGUAGAGAUCGAUUCAAUGGGUGAUACUUCGUCCAAAAAGCCAGACAUUAACGUCAAGAAGAACGAAGGUGGUCUGAAGAAGACUGCGUCAAGGGGUGUGGGAUCGAUAAUCCGCACGCUGAGCGUUUCGAACUGGAGAAAGAGCGGUAAUCUUGGCUCGCCAAGCACGAGGAAAAGCGGUAACCUGGGCCCUCCAGGUGCCCCGGUCCUUCCAAAGAAGGGUCCACAAAGAGUAGAGAGGACAACAUCUAGCGCUGCUAGGGGACUCCAGAGCUUACGGUUCCUUGAUCGGACGGUCACGGGAAAGGAAAGAGAUUCAUGGAGAUCUAUUGAGAACCGGUUUAAUCAGUUUUCUGUUGAUGGCAAAUUACCUAAAGAGAAGUUCGGUGUAUGCAUUGGAAUGGGAGAUACAAUGGAGUUUGCGGGAGAAGUUUAUGAGGCAUUGGGUCGGAGAAGGCAAAUAGAGACAGAAAGUGGUAUUGACAAAGAACAACUUAAGCUGUUUUGGGAAGACAUGAUCAAGAAAGAUCUCGAUUGUCGUCUCCAGAUAUUCUUCGACAUGUGUGACAAGGACGGAGAUGGGAAGCUCACGGAAGAUGAAGUGAAAGAGGUCAUUGUCUUGAGCGCAGCCGCGAACCGCCUUGGGAACCUUAAAAAGAAUGCUGCCGCUUACGCUUCUUUGAUCAUGGAAGAACUCGACCCUGAUCACAAGGGAUACAUCGAGAUGUGGCAGUUAGAAGUGCUCUUAACAGGGAUGGUGUCAAACGCUGAUACGGAGAAGAUGAAGAAAUCUCAAACGCUGACUCGAGCCAUGAUCCCAGAGCGGUACAGGACGCCAAUGAGCAAGUACGUUUCGGUGACCACAGAGUUAAUGCACGAGAACUGGAAGAAAAUAUGGGUCCUCACUUUGUGGCUCCUCAUCAACGUCUAUCUAUUCAUGUGGAAGUACAAUGAAUUCAUGAGAAGCCCUCUCUACAACAUCACCGGACGCUGCGUUUGCGCCGCUAAAGGCUCGGCGGAAACUCUCAAAUUCAACAUGGCUCUAAUCUUGGUCCCAGUCUGUAGGAAAACCCUGACAAUGCUUAGGUCAUCGUUCUUGAGUCGCAUGAUCCCAUUCGAUGACAACAUUAACUUCCACAAGGUGAUUGCGUAUGCUAUCGCCUUCCAUGCAUUGCUACACACGCUGCUCCACCUUUUCUGUAACUACCCUAGGUUAAGUACGUGCUCUUACGACGUGUUCUUGAAAUAUGCUGGAUCUGCCUUGGGACACACGCAACCGAGCUAUCUAGGUUUGAUGAUGACGUCAGUGUCAAUCACUGGAGUUUUUAUGAUUUUUUUCAUGGGAUUCUCGUUUACGCUCGCGAUGCAUUAUUUUAGAAGGAACAUAGUGAAGUUGCCAAAACCGUUUAGCGUUCUUGCUGGGUUUAAUGCGUUUUGGUAUGCUCAUCAUUUGCUGAUUCUUGCUUAUGUUCUUCUCAUCCUUCAUGGUUACUAUCUUAUCAUCGAGAAGCCUUGGUACGAGAAAACGACAUGGAUGUACGUGGCCGUACCGAUGCUGUUCUACGCAAGUGAGAGGCUUUUCUCACGUGUUCUUCAAGACCACAGCCAUCGUGUCCACGUGAUUAAGGCUAUUGUAUAUUCGGGCAACGUUCUUGCACUUUACGUGACCAAACCUCCCGCGUUCAAAUACAAAAGUGGCAUGUACAUGUUUGUCAAGUGUCCUGACCUCUCACAAUUCGAAUGGCAUCCAUUCUCUAUCACUUCUGCACCUGGAGAUGACUAUUUAAGUGUUCACAUAAGAGCCUUAGGUGAUUGGACAACUGAACUUAGGAACACAUUCGCAAAGACAUGCGAGCCCCCUCCUCAAGCAGCCGCAAAGCCUAAACCAAAUAGUCUUAUGAGGAUGGAAACAAGAGCAACAGGUGCAAAUCCCCACAUUGAAGAAUCACAAGUCUUGUUCCCAAAGAUAUUCAUCAAAGGACCGUAUGGAGCUCCAGCACAAAAUUAUCAGAAGUUCGAUAUUCUUUUGCUGGUUGGACUAGGGAUUGGAGCAACUCCAUUCAUAAGCAUAUUGAAAGACAUGUUAAACCAUCUAAAACCCGGGAUUCCCAAAGUUGGGGAAAAGUACGAAGGAAGUGUAGGAGGAGAGAGCGUAGGAGGUGAUAGUAUUAGUGGUGGAGGAGGCAAGAAGUUUCCACAGAGAGCAUAUUUUUUUUGGGUGACAAGAGAACAAGCUUCCUUUGAUUGGUUCAAGGGAGUUAUGGAUGACAUCGCCGAGUAUGAUAAAACCCAUGUGAUUGAAAUGCAUAACUACUUAACAAGCAUGUACGAAGCAGGAGAUGCAAGAUCUGCUCUAAUCGCUAUGGUUCAGAAACUUCAACAUGCCAAGAAUGGUGUUGACAUUGUCUCCGAAAGCCGGAUACGAACACAUUUCGCAAGACCCAACUGGAGGAAGGUUUUUUCUGAAUUGUCAAGCAAACACGAAGCAUGUCGAAUAGGCGUGUUCUACUGUGGAAGUCCAACACUGGUUCGACCACUUAGAGAUCUUUGUCAGGAGUUUAGUCUCGAGUCAUCCACUCGUUUUACUUUCCAUAAGGAAAACUUUUAACCAAAACUACAUUUUUGGUAAGCAUGUUAAGUUUUACGUACCAAAACUAAUCCUAUUACUAUUAUUGAACUAAAGAAGCCGAUUUUGAUGAUCACAUUGUAAUUAGUUGGUGACUUAAUGUAAA